AAUAGUUGACGGUGCUCGAUGCUCCAUUGGAAGAGUUGCGCAGACACUUUUGUUUGUUUCUGUCGAAAGUUAUUUAUUUAUGUAUACAACAAUAAUAAUUGUUUGGAUAGAUUUGUAAUCAGAGUCACUCGAUAACCUUACUGAACAUCACACGACGUUUGUCGGAGUCAGUAUCAACACUUACACACAGACCUGCUGGUCCGAUGGCCUUGUCAUUUUACGACUCCAAGAUGGAAGAAAAUGCCGAUUUCAUGGACAUAAAGUUUCGAUUGUUUCGAGGAGGAAAAAGACCAGAGGGUUUCAGUGAUAAUAUUGACAAUACCAGUGAUGCUACAAAAACUUGGAAACAGCAUGUUGGGAGUGGAUUAUCGUCACCGCAUUACAAGUAUUCUUCGAAAGUGGCGUACGGUGUAGCAGCCAGGCUCCAGAAUAACCAACACUGCGAGGACAAGAUUCCGGAGACCGAGGACCCGAAACCAAUGAAAAACGACACGAAAGUUAAAGAGGAAACGCCGAUCAUGUCCAUUCAAAGAGAUUCAAAAUGCCGGAAGUUUGAAGAGGACAGUAAUAAAUACUCGGAUCCGGACCAAAAGCCGCCUUUUUCAUACGUUGCCUUAAUUGCCAUGGCAAUCAAAGAAUCUGGUGACAAACGACUGACACUAAGCGGAAUUUACCAGUACAUUAUCAGUAAAUUUCCUUACUACGAAAGAAACAAGAAGGGGUGGCAAAACAGCAUCAGACACAAUCUCAGUCUGAAUGAGUGUUUUGUCAAGGUACCAAGGGAAGGCGGUGGUGAACGGAAAGGAAACUUCUGGACAUUGGACCCUGCUUUUAACGACAUGUUCGAAAAGGGAAAUUACCGCCGACGCCGAAGGAUGCGGCGACCGUACAGAGCAGCCAUAUCUCUUCCAAAACCCUUAUUUGCUGACAACCACUGCGGUCCCUAUAACCAGUUUGCUCAGUUAACGAAACCCUAUUUCUCCCCACCCCCUUACUCUCAAUAUUCACAAUACUCACCCUGGGCCCUUACCCACAAUGCCUCAGCACACCAGGGUAUGGGUAUGUCCCAGAUCAGUAACUUUAACUCUUGUACGCAGGCUCGAGUACCCCCUCCGGGAUCGACCCUCAGCUCCUGUGGGUACAAUCCGCUACCCUCGGGCGUACAGCUUUCUCCAAGUGCAGGGACCACCUACUCCCAACUAAACGACUAUAACUCUGUGAAUCCCUCGGGACCCUUUCCGUUCGGCCCCUACCGACAGCAGGGAGACUCCCUCAACGCUGUGCAUUACACGUACUGGGGAGAGAGGUGAUUUCUAUGAGCGAUAAGACCCUGGAAACUUGGUAUAGACUACGAACACGGAAUUCGUGAUUGAUAAAUCUUACGAGGACCUAAGGUGGCGAUGGAUGGACAACGAAUAAGUAAUGACAUUUAUAUAGUUUAAUGUUGGAAUAACUUACUCCAUUGGUGCUAAAUUCAUAUACAAUACAGUGCCUGAUCGCCACGACUACUUGCCAAAGAUUGUAUUCCCAUUAACUUAUACACAGAUAUAUGCUAGAUUUGUUUACAGUUUUUUCCCUUAAAAGUAUUGUUUUAUUUACUCUUUUUUUUAUUUGUGUUUGUAUAGGUACCUUCGUGUGUUGAGCUACUCUCUAAUUAACAGUGCUAUACUUUCUAAAUAACACAUGUAGGAUCUUCGUCUCCUACAAUCAGUCUGUCCUAUGUACAAACAGUCUGUCCUAUGUUUAAUCAGUCUGUCCUAUGCUCAAUCAGUCUGUUCUAUGUACAAACAGUCUGUCCUAUAUACAAUCAGUCUGUCCUAUGUACAAUCAGUCUGUCCUAUGUUUAAUCAGUCUGUCCUAUGCUCAAUCAGUCUGUCCUAUGUACAAUCAGUCUGUCCUAUGUACAAACAGUCUGUCCUAUGUACAAUCAGUCUGUCCUAUGUACAAACAGUCUGUCCUAUGUUUAAUCAGUCUUUCCUAUGUACAAUCAGUCUGUCCUACGUAUAAGGCCGAUUUGGAGGUUGCAGAGGCCGCACAUUAUUAUUGAGAUAUAGGAAGAAAAAACAGUGAAAUGACAAUAAUGUGACGGCAUUGCUUUUAAAUGUGUGACGAUACGUCGUUAAAAUGACGUAACAAAUGUUUCCCUUUUGUUUUGAACACAUUUAGUGGCUUCGUGGGUUGUUUUCAGCGGUGUCGAGAAUUGGUCAUUUGCACUCAGGAUUAAGAGGAAUUUUUAAAGCUCACUAAAUGAAGUUUUUAAUAGGUGUCUGUAUUCAAAACAAACAGAAUAUGUAUUAUUGAUAUCAAACUGAAGAACAUGAUUCCGAAAAUGACGCCAGUUUAAACAUUAUGUGAUACAGUCGUAUAUAGCAUGUGUGAUUAUACUAUGUGUGUCAUAUCACAUGAGAGGAACUGUUUCAUACAGAAGGACAGGUCUAACAUCGUUUUAUGGAAUAAGGGAAUGUACUGUAUGUGACUUUAUAUGCAGGAAUAUGAUGACUAACUGUGUGAGGCGUCAUCGUGUAGAAUGUGUGACAUUAAUGUAGGAAAUAGGCUACUUUUUAUAAGGAACAAGAGACAUCACAAACGGAUUAUAUAUCGUCACUACGAAAUGUAUGUUAAUAACUUCAUUUUAUUGAAAUGGUUAAUAUGAAUUGAGCCUAGUAUUACCUGAUAAACAGUUGUUAAUUGUAAACACAACAACUGAUUUUAAAACGCUGGUAUUCAGAAGCUAAGAAUGUCAGAUCUGUAACCAACGACUUCCUGUUGUCAUCGUUACAGUUUGUUUGGUUUAUUGUGUUUACAUGUGUAUAUCUUUGUUUUACUGUUGAAUAGUUGUUGUAUAAAUAAUGAGAUUAAAUAAUACGAUGAAGACA